AUGCAGUCAAUAGAGAGUUCCGUUGUACAUGAUAACGAUGAGAAUAUGGAGGGCAAGCAGCAAAAGCCAAAGACUCUGCCUUGCAAAUACUGCAGUAAGCGGUUCCGGAGGGUCGAACAUGUGCAGCGGCAUGAGCGAACCCAUACUAAGGAGAAACCCUUUACUUGCAACUGGACCCAUUGUGGAAAGAGCUUCGGGAGGCGGGAUCUCCUAGUAAGACACGAGAAGCUAGUACACUUGAAUGAGUCGAACAAAGAUAGCGGCCGGCCGAGGAAGCCGUCCUUGGCCAGCGUUAGCCAACACAUCUCACCAGACAACCAUGUCGUCGACACUGAUACCGCCAUGGCGAUGCCGCGCACCCACCAACACCACUAUCAUCCAGAACCCAUGGUUUCCGUCGCUACACUUGCUCCAGAUCCGCGUGCCCGAAGCGCCGCCUGCAAUCUUGAUUUACUUUCUGAUGCCGCGACGCAGCUUGCAGCCAACCAGGUUCCGAUGAUGGCAGACAUGGGUCAACCCCCUGGGGCGAUGUCCCGGAUCAAGGCCUAUGAGCAAGAUGCCAUGUCGUAUGGUGAGAGACCAAGAGAGCAGGAGGUGUCGGUCUACCCGGGGCAAGUGGACGACUAUAACCUGUUCCUGGACGAAUUCGGAUCCAGUGGCUCGCACUUCUUACCUCAAGCGUUCGAGGACCAGAAUAACUUGAACAUCUGGCCCAGAGCAGCUGGACCGUCAAAGCCUCCGUCGCAAUUCCCUUCAAGGUUUCCUUCCCUGCAACCAGACCUGAGAGAUCCCGCACAUGAUGACUCGAUGAGAAAUGCGCCUCCCCUGAGAGUCACGGCUACAGACCAUACAGUUAUCAAGAACAGACUCGAUGAAUUUUCGUCGGUUCUGCCAAGCGACUUUGUAUUUCCAAGUCGGCACACCCUUGUGAGAUUUCUCGAAGGCUAUGUCACUGGAUUCCAUGACACUUUACCAAUUCUUCAUCUUCCGACAAUCUCUACAGCUGAUCUUUCUCCUGAAUUGCUCCUGGCGAUUCUAGCUGUUGGGGCGCAGUACAGGUUUGAAAGCCAUCGAUCCAAUGCGUUGUGGUAUGCUGCAAAAGCCGUAGCGCUCGAGCAGGUCAGACGAAGGAACAGUCAUGACUUAACUGGCUUGUUGCCAACUCCUGCAGCUUACAGUCCGCAUAGCACUCGCCCAUCUCCAAGUCAUGGAUUCCGUCACUCUUUCAGCUCACUACAAGAACGACCGAUGACUCAAGACACCCAUCGAGAGCCAUACUCGCCAAAUACACCCCAGUCAAGAAUGGAGACCAUUCAAUCAUUACUUCUACUUUUCGCUGUUGGCAUAUGGGGUGCUAAAGCCAUAUUACAUGAAGCGCUAUCCCUCCAAAGUUUAUUGGCCUUACUCGUUCGCGAAGAGGGGUUCAUGACAGAGUCAACACAAACGGCCGACUGGGAAUCUUGGAUCAGAAUUGAGUCGGCGAACCGUACGAAAUUCUCUGCAUAUUGUUUCUUCAAUCUUUGCAGUGUCGCCUACAAUGUUCCGCCUCAGCUUUUGACUUCGGAACUAAACCCCGUCUUCCUCCCCCACUCAUCGAAACUAUGGCGCGCGGAGACAGCAUGGGCUUGGGCGGAAGCUUGUCGCGCUUUUCCUAGCAUCGACAUCUCUCUUCAGGAUGCGCUCUCAAGGUUGUUCACCCGAUCGCCACAAGGACCGCAGGCCGGACUGUCUUCUCUUGGAAACUAUAUCCUAAUCCAUUCGUUACUCCAGCACAUCUUCCUCCUCAAGCAAACAUGCCCUUCGUUCGAUUCAUCUCGAGGGCUUAGACCGGACGAUUUGGAGGACGUCGAUAGGGCUCUUCGGAUGUGGCAGAUGAGCUUCGAAGCACAUCAGGCACGCAUCACCGACAACAGUCAGCAAGGUAGCGAUGUGUUCCCUGGCGGUCAAGUUCAAUAUAACUCGACUGCGCUGUGGCGACUAGCUUCUAUGUAUACCGAUUCGACUCCUUCCGGAAACCUCGAAACCCGCGAUUCCGGCCAAAUAGCCGUGGGCUUCAAUGAUGCAUCAUUUCUCAUCAGAAGUGCGCGACUCAAUCGAGCAGUAAUUCAAGCCAUCCAUGCCCUGUCCAUGUUGGUUCGUCAGGGGGUGAACUACGUGGCGCGAAGAAAAUCUACAGAAAGGAGUAUGCAGGAUCUAUUUUGCAACUUGGAAUGUGCCAUUCUACUCUCUAAAUGGUUGAUGACUCUAUCUUCUAUUGGCCCAAACGAUCCUCCUGCCUCGCCUGAUGAACGAAACUUGCUUGGGAUGUUACGGCGCAUGCUGGAUGAGACCGAAUUCGCUGUCCCUAUCGAUCCAUCUCUCUCGGGUGGCGGCAUCCCUGGUCAUCCUUCAAACAUGGAAAUGGCUGUGAACGACAGUACCAAAUUACGCCAGUUGGCCGCCGCUGUUAUCAGGCUCUGGGCGGAAACAUUCAAAGGCUCUCAUAUUUUUGACAUUGUCAUUGUUAUUGGGAACGGCCUGGAAGGCUACGCAGAUCUUCUGGAGAGACCACGCGAUAGGACACCACUUGGCCGAAUGCGCAACUCUGGGCUAGGUUGA